AUGGCCAUUUACGCGCUAGCAAGUCUUCUCCUACUUCUAAUCCACACGCACCUUCACGGGUCCCUUUCCAUCAAAGUGGUUCCACAUGGAGACACAAAAAUGAGUCCACGAAUGACGUGGAAACGUUCCCGUAGGGUGCCCACCCCCCAGUAUAUAACAACCCCACUGAACAAAAGGCAGGUACGAAAUGAAAACGAAAAGAGUGUUAGACGCAGCGCGAGGAGUAUAAAGGUACAAAUGAUUUUAGCGCCAAAAGGAUCGAUGCACGAAAAAAAGACAAAAGAAAUUUUGGAAGACCCACUUAAAAACUACCCAUGGGAAAUCAGCAUCCCCUUUCACGAAACAAUAACAAAAGAACUUAGUCCAUAUUAUAAUUUUUUAAAAUGUGAAUGGGCCUAUGUAGAUCACAAAAAGGACGUAAGGAGACCAUGUGGGAAAAUUGAAGGAGGGCUAGACAAUUACCAUGGGAAAGGAUUGAAAUUAGAAAAAGGAGUAGACAGACCAAGGUAUAAUAAAAUGGCAUAUUACGAUGACCAUGGAGUAGAAUGGAGAAAUAUAAACCAAGAAGAAUUAAUAAGAUUUGAUUUCCUUCCAGAUGGUAACCAAGAUCAAACAUUUCUUGAAUCGGAAGAAGAUUUAGAAUAUCGCCAAUGGGGUAAUUGGAAUUACAACGCGUCUAAGGAGACUACACAAUUGAACUCUGCUUGGAGAGAUCCUGUAUUGUCUAGGAGUUUAACAAAUUUAAUUUACCCAUGGAAUCAUAAGGCACAUGAAAAUCAUAUUAUACCUUACGGAUAUACGUCUCCUGCUUUGUUUAUACCUGAACCCAAAAUCGAAUGGGAACUCGCUGCUAGGGGAUUUUUCGCAGGCUAUUAUGAAGAUCCAAAUUGGUCACGCAUCAAAUAUUAUAGGCAAACCAAAAAGCUAAUUCUUCAAUGGCAUGAUGAAAGUAAUAAUAAAAAUGGUGAAAAGGAUACCCGCAUAAUGGAUAAAAUAAAAAUGGAACUAUUCGGUUUGUCAGCAAAAAGAAGAUACCCAUCUAAGCAGAUUAAACUUAUAAAUGAACAUGCAUUAUUAAGAGCUAAAGAAAUUGUCCUGGAUCAUUUAUUGAAUCCAAGUGGAGACCCAGAUUAUAUAACUUACUUCCUCGACAGACAUGAACCCAUAGAUUAUAUUGGAGGCGGAAAACAUAACUGUUCUGAAGAAGAAAUUAAAAAUAAAACGGUCGUACUUAAUAUGUGUGUUUAUCCUGUUAAACAAAGACAUGAAACUUAUUCAAGAAAUAUGUCCAUCUCGGAGAUGGCUGAAAUGUACCAUUACUACAUGACAGAAAUUAGGGGAGAAGGUAGGUCUCAUCAGUCAAGUGAAGAUCCAGUGGAGGAUAGGUACCAAUGCUAUGAGUUGCAAAAACAGAGGAACAAAUUCCCUGCUUUGGUAUCCCUAUAUAAGCCACUCUGGACCAAUAAAAAAUUCGGAGAUGAAUUUGGGGAUGCUCUGCAAGAGGGCCAGAAAAUACGCAUCGACCAGCUACGCACCUUCAACAGAAAACUCAAAGUUAGAAGAAAAACCAAGCUGACCCCAGAGGAGAGAGAAGCCUACAACUACGUCGACGACUACAGCCAUGUCGACGACCAGUACGAGUUUUAG